GUAGUGAAAGAGAGGACAUGAAAAGAGAAAGUGGUGAAAGAGAGGACAUGAAAAGAGAAAGUGGUGUAAGAGAUGACAUGAAAAGAGAAAAUGGUGAAAGAGAGGACAUGAAAAGAGUAGUGAAAGAGAGGACAUGAAAAGAGAAAGAAGGGAAAGAGAGGACAUGAAAAGAGAAAGAAGGGAAAGAGAGGACAUGAAAAGAGUAGAGAAAGAGAGGAUAUAAAGUGAGAAAGUAGUGAAAGAGAGGACAUGAAAAGAGAAAGUGGUAAAAGAGAGGACAUCAAAAGAGUAGUGAAAGAGAGGAUAUAAAAUGAGAAAGUAGUUUAAGAGCGGACAUCUAAAGAGAAAGUAGUGCUUGAAAAAAGAAAAUAGUGGAAGAGAGGACAUGAAAAGAGAACGUAGUAGAAGAGCGGACAUGAAAAAAAAUAAAGUAGUGAAAGAGAGGACAUUAAAAGAGAAAGUAGGGGAAGAGGACAUUAAAAGAGUAAGAUCUUAGUCUGUAGCACGCAUAAAGGUUGAGUGGGCAAGAGGAGAGGAGAGCCAGGUAGACUCUCGUGUGAUGUGUUGAGACUGUGUCAUUGACGUUUCAUCCCCUCCCUCUUACGACAACGCGAAGGUUCACAGGCCUAUCAACAAGCCUCAGUAUACUGUCAAGUCACUGAUUCGAACAUUGAUUGCCUCUACAGUGCACCUAUUUUAAUAUUCUUUUACUGCUGAGUAUUAUUGUUAGCUGUCUCGUCCAGUCCUGGAUGGUCUCUCAUAAAUUUCUUUAUAGUCCUUACGAAGCUGACUCAUGCAUUUUGUGUCAUAGCGUAGACUUUGGCUAUUCAUUCGUCUUGUGUAAGCCUGUGGUCUCUUGUUGACUAAAGGAUAUUUAUUACAUACAGGUGGAUUAUAUUUAGCAACAUCAUGAUAGAAACAAUGAGAUGAAGUGGCUUAGGCAGCUUGCAAUUCGAGUAGAUCUAAUACAUCUUGGCUGAGACAACUUCACAACUAGUAAAAAAUGCGGAGCUCUGAGACAACAAGGCAGAGGAGUACUCCUUCUAGUGGGCGGAAAACCGAAAGCAAUGGACACACGUUCGACACCAUUCAUACUUAUACAGUGGAAGACGCCAUAGAAGCCAUUGGAUUUGGAUGGUUUCAAUUGAAAAUCUUUUUUGUCGGCAAACUAAUUUCAGCAGCUGACUCCAUGGAGAUGAUGAUGUUGUCAGUAUUAUCUCCCUUGGUUAGAUGUGAGUGGCAGCUGGAGGACUACAAAGUGGCUUUCAUUACAACAGCUGUAUUUAUAGGUAUGGGGAUUAGUGCCCCUUUAUUUGGCAUAGUGGGAGAUAACUAUGGCAGAAAACCAACUCUUAUCAUGGUAACUGUCUGGAUAGGCUUUUUUGGUUUUCUUGCCACAUUUAGUCCAACUUAUUCUUGGAUAGUACUUCUCCGUGGCUUAGUUGGUGUUGGAAUGGGAGGAUCUCCACAAGGUUUUUCACUAACUGCAGAAUAUGUGCCUUCAAAAUACAGAGCAAAGCUUCUUGUAUUUGGAACAAUUUUCUGGACCAUCGGUGGUAUAUUUGAAAUACUUUUAGCCAUGAUUGUGGUUCCAGCAUUAGGAUGGAGAUGGCUUUUAGUAUUCUCUGCAAUCCCAGUUCUUUUAGCAAGCUUUGGAUUGUUAUUUAUUCCAGAGUCAGCUAGAUUUUUAGCAGGUGCAGGCUAUAUAGAUGAUGCUGAAAAGAUAUUGGAAAAGGCAGCCAAAAUAAAUAAAGCUAAGUUACCAGAUGGUAAAUUGACACAAAGUCAAAAUGUUCCACUUGGUAGACUAAAAGACGUGUUCAGCAGAGAAUACUUGAGAUCUACACUUCAGCUCUGGUUUCUCUGGUUUGGUGUAGCAUUUACUUACUAUGGCAUGGUUCUUGCUAAUGCUGAAGUCUUAAGAAUCAGAAAUGAAGAGUCUACAUCAAAAUGUAAAUGUGUUUAUUUAACUACAGAUGAUUAUUUAACAAUGAUACUAUCUUCAUUUGGAGAGUUGAUUAGUCUGCCCAUCAACUUUCUUUUAUUUGAUAAGAUUGGGCGACGUUUCACAGGAGCUCUGUGUUAUUUUGGUGCUGGCCUCUUUUUUGUUCUCCUACAACUCCAGGUGGAGCUUGGUGUCCUCACUGUCUUCAUGUUUUUUGUUAGAGGCUUUGCUACAGCUUGCUUCAAUUUUGUAUAUAUAUAUUCAUCUGAGCUGUAUCCUACAUCAAUUAGAACUUUAAGCAUAGGCAUGGCAUCUGCAAUGGCUAGAGUGGGUGCAAUGUUAACACCUUUUAUAUCUCAGGUACUCAUAUCACAAUCAGUUGCUUCUGCAACCUGGGUGUAUGGAAGCAUCUGCUUACUGUGUUGUAUUUGUUGUUUACUGUUGCCAAUAGAAACAAAAGGAAGAGCACUACCGCAAUCUCUUACCUUGGAAUAUAAUGAAAUAGAACUUAGUCAGUCUUCUAAUGCCCUGGAGUCUGAGGAGGACUUGGUAAAAAAUAUUUCAACUAUAGAAAUGGAAAGAAAAAAGAUAAAGAACUCCAAACAGAAUGAACAUGAUUCUGAAAGUUAAAAAUAUAUUUGGAGCAAUUGUUUGUUUUUUUAUGAACAGGGGAAAAAAAUUAAAUAAAAAAUGGCAUUAAAAUGCUAGAAUAAAAUUUGUCUCUGACAAUCUUUUUUUAAAAAAGUUUUGUCUAUAAACUGAAAAUAUGAUUAUCUUUGAUCCCUGUUGAUCAGGAUUGAAGUAGUCUAGUUACGAGCUCCAAUUUUGUGUUUUGAUAUUGCUGGUUUGUGUCUUAGUCUUCUCUACAGUCAAAUAAAAUGUUAUUAUUUUAUUCACACUUUUAUUUUCUCUUUCUUGUCUCAAAAGACUCAAAAUGUUGACAAUGAUUUUUUCCAAGCAUUAUGUUGUUGUUUUUUGUAACAUGUGAUAUUACAAUUAAAUUGAAUGCAUAAUAAUUAUUUCUUUUGUGAAUGAUGAGAUUGCCUAAAAAUAAGAUAAUGGAUUUUUUUGUAUCCACUUACACAACUUAUGUUUGUUUUUGAAGCUUAAAAAAAAAGUAAUAACUUGUACAUAUAAUCCACUAUUUUAAUAUCUUUUAUUGUUUAUUUCUCAUAAUCAAGAAAAGCAAAAAAAAAUAAUUUUAUUAAAGGUAUAAUUAGAAUCUUGACCUGUUAAAUUAUAAACAACUAUCACUUUACUAUCAUCAGAAAAGUUGAAUUUCAUUUAGUCUUAUUUUAUUCAACGUUGUCUAGUUGGUUUUUUUUAAAUAAAAAAGUAACAAAAUAACAAUUACUUUGUGUUACAAAGGUUGUUUUAGAUAAUUCAUUUCAGUUUAACUUCAUUACUUAAAAGGGGGUUUGAGUUUUGAGUUUUUUGGUUUUUGGCACAUCUGCACACUUUAAGCCAUGUCGUGCCCAUAAUCCCUAAAAGGUUACUCUUCCUUCAUACCACAAGAGCUAAAUUUUAUUUAGAUAAUUAUUAUUAAAAACAAGGCCUAUUCACAGUUAAAAUAGUAAAGGUAGUGAAAAUUUAAUAAUUUAGUAAAAAUCUUUUGUAAAUAUUAUAUGUUCACAAUUUCACAAAUCAAAUCUUCGUAGACAACCCCUUCUCCGGGACAAAGCCCGGUACCUUCCCAGGGAGCAGUUGAUAUAAAAUUCUUAAACCACAAAUCUGUGGCAUUUUAUGGUUCUCUUUGUAACUUCUCAUGUGACUAAAGAGGCCAAUUCUUGACAGCUUAAGUCAGAGGUGGGGUAUCUGUAAUCACCAGCUGCUGUUGCACCUCUCUUUCUUCUUCUGGUGUGCUAGCCAUCUGCAAUCCAGGAUGCAAUCCAGUACACUUCCUUUAUGCUUGCUCUUUAUAUGGUUCUAUCCAGUGCCUCUUUUUUUCAAAUUGUUAGUGUCAAUUUUAAAGAGCUUCAAGUUGCUUUUGCAUACAUCAGUUUAAAUUAAAUGUGGGCAACCAGCAGCUCUCCUGCCAUACAGAAUGUCUUUUAGGAGUCAACCUUGUGGCAUUCUGUGAACAUGAUUAAGCCAGCCAAGCAUCAGCUGAUAACAGCAUGGAUGUCCUGGUACCCUGCUCUUUGCAGCACUUAUUUAAUCUUGCCACCUUAUUUAAGAAAUCUGGCUUAAACAUCGGAGGUGGAAAAUAUUCAGGGGCUUUGGUACAGUAAGUUAGUCAACAAGAUAUUGUCCCACACUGUUUUCUGAAGCCCUAACAUGGUGCCUAUUUCCUUGGCUAUCCUGUUGUAGAUGUUUUUAUCCAGUAGCACAUCGUUGGAGAUGAUAAAGCUGAUAUAACAAAAAUGGUCAGUCGUUGGCCAUUAUUGGUCACGUAAGGUGCAGUACUAGUUUUCUGAACUAGUAUUUUGGUCAUGAUUUGACUAAUAUAUAAACCAAACCCAUGCAGUAGAUAGUUUGUCAACCAGGGUCUGAAGCUGAGUAGCAGAUUCAGCAACUAUAGCUGCAUAGCAUAGAGGAGUUCCUUGAUUUGUGGGAAACCACAAAUAACUCCAACAUUAACAUGCAGAUAACUAAUUUAUUUUAAAAUAUGCUAUGAAAUCCUAGUUGUUAUUGUACUAAUUUUAAAAGUUGAAUUUAUAGGGACCAAAUUUUUUAACAUUAUUGUAUAAUUCCUAAAAAAAAAAAGUGACAUCAAAUUAAUGCAUUCUAUAUUUUUUUAAUUGGUUGUUCAAUAGUUGCAAACCAACUCUUCCUAAUAGGAAAUCUUUACAUGAAAUAUAUUUUAUUAUUAUUUCAUUGUCAAAAACAAAGAAUCAUCUUUAUCAUAAAGGCUAGAAUAGAAAUAUUUAUUAAAAAUUUUUAAUUUUGAUAUUCUUUCAAUGUAUGGGCUCAUGUUGAGUUUGUUUCACUUUGUUCUAUUAAUUCUCAUUUACUUUUUUUCUUCUUUAUUCUUCAUUUGCAUUUUUCUUACAAUUGUUGAAUGAAACUAUGCCAAGUGUAAUGUUGGUUUCAUAAGAAAGUUUGUCUAAUAGCUCUUACAAAACUAUGUACCUUUUGGGUAGUUUAGACCAAUAGCUUGUUGCCACGUCACAGGACUGACAUAGGUCUAAACUGAUUACCGGUUGCAACUCGCAGAUCAGCGUUCAGGCUUUCUAUGAGAUUGGUCUUAUUUUACUUACAAGUCCUAACCUACUGUAAAAUUUUUGACCUAAUUGUUUUUAUACUUUCACCAUUUUAAGAUAAUAUCAGUUGAAGUUUUCAGAAAGUUGAUCUGACUGAGUUGGUUUUAUUCCAUGGGCCAUCAUCAUAAAUAAGUUUUUUGUUUGAUUAUGUAUCAGGCUUGUACAUUUUUUUUUGGCUUGUAAAUGCUACACAAUCACCUGUGAUAAACUUAAGAACAAUAUACAUCUGUGUAUGUAUACUGUUAUGUUCAUAAGACAAGAGUUACAAUUUUCAUAGGAAAAUAAAAAUACCCUCAGUACUAAAUAUCUACAAUAUUUACCAGUUUCUUUCAUAACUUACUGAAAUGAUUGAUUUGUAGCUAGCUGCAUUGCAGAAUACAAGAUUGAUAGAUUUUGUCAAAAAAAUCUUUUUUUUCUGUUUGACAGAAAGUUCUAAAAAAAAAUAAAAAAGAUUUUGAAAAUGGUUAGGUAAAAGAAUUUUUUUUUUUAAAGAAAUUUGUUUUUACAUGCUUAAGCCUUCUCUUGCGAAAGAUGUACUUUACAAAAAAGUAAAAGUGAUUUUACAUCAUUAUGGUGAGUUUUAUUUGAUAUAUUCAUGUGCAAGUACAAGUAAUUUAAACCACAAUAUUUAGCACUAUAGAGUUCUUGGACUUAAGGUUUUGUGGAUAUUCAUAUAACUUUCAAUGUUUUCACAUUAACUAAGUAUGGUGGCUGAGCUGUAAAGUGCUUUGUCACCAAACUAUUACAAUCCUGGAGGAGGCUUUUUUUUUUACCUGUACUUAUGUUUACUCAGCUUCAAAGAGUACCUGACAAUUGUUGGUAAAUAUGCUAAUUCACCCAUGACUGAAAACAGACUGAAAACAAUUAGUCCACCAGGACUUGUAAGUAAUUUUUAACAUUUACUUUAACUUGGGGUUUUAUCAACUUGACUUUUAUAUUUAUAAAUAUUUCUAUGACAACUUAAGUAGACUUAAUGGAAUGUAAAAUAUUGUAUCUUUAUUUUUUUUUUUUACCUAAAACAAUUCAAUCAUACUAUAAUAUACAUCCACGUAUAUGAAAAAAUUAAUAAAAUUAUACAGAGUG